UGAGUGAGUGUGUUUGAGGUUAUACAGAUAUAAAUCUGAGGACAGCAGCAUGGCUUUCUAUGAUUCAGUUUUAUUCGAAUAUGAUGGCAACAACACUGAAGGCUCGGGGAGUAUGGACGAAACGGGGGAGUUCUGCGAUCUCCGGAUCAGCCAGGACUUCCAGAAACGGUUCCUCCCCGCGGUGUACGGGAUCAUCUUUAUUCUGGGAAUCAUCGGUAACGGACUUGUGGUGCUCGUCAUGGGUUUUCAAAAGAAAACCAAAAACAUGACCGAUAAAUACAGACUGCACUUGUCCGUGGCUGAUUUGCUGUUCGUGCUGACGCUUCCGUUUUGGGCGGUGGACGCUACGAGCUCUUGGUACUUCGGGAGGUUCUUGUGCGUCACUGUGAAUAUGAUCUACACUGUCAACCUGUACAGCAGCGUCCUGAUCCUGGCCUUCAUCAGCCUGGAUCGUUACCUGGCCGUCGUCCGCGCCACCAACAGCCAAAUGACACGCAAGCUCCUGGCGGAACGUGUCAUUUACGUGGGAGUUUGGCUUCCAGCAACACUCCUGACUGUUCCUGAUCUGGUAUUUGCGAAGGUCCAGAAAACAGGCGCUACGGAUAUCUGCGACCGGAUUUACCCGCAGGAGUCGAACAUGGUGUGGACGACUGCGUUCCGUUUCCAACACAUCAUCGUUGGAUUUGUUCUUCCCGGUAUGGUGAUUCUGAUCUGCUACUGCAUCAUUAUCUCCAAACUGUCCAAAGGAUCCAAGGGACAAGUUCUGAAGCGGAAAGCGCUGAAGACGACCAUCAUCCUCAUCCUGUGUUUCUUCGUGUGUUGGUUACCGUACUGCGCCGGCAUCCUGGUGGACACUCUGGUCAUGUUGGGUGUUGUCCUGCCAAGCUGCUCUGUGGAGCAAAGCUUGCAGAAAUGGAUUAUCGUCACUGAAGCGCUGGCGUACUUCCAUUGCUGCUUGAACCCGAUCUUGUACGCGUUUUUGGGUGUCAAGUUCAGCAAGUCGGCACGCAGUGCGCUGAGCGUCAGCAGCAAGUCCAGUCACAAGUUCCUGACCAAAAAGCGAGGCCACGUGUCUUCUGUAUCUACAGAAUCGGAAUCGUCGAGUGCCCUCUCGAGCUAGCGCACAUGACGAACUCUUAUUGAACUCUUAUUGGGAUUCAGGACUGGUUUCUUUUCAUCUGAAUCCUGGAGUGCCCUCUUGAGGACAGACACCAACUACAUGUGCAGUUGAUAGAUGGAUCUUUUGUCCGAAGACUUAUUUAGCUCUCAGUAUUGUUAAUGAUCCGAUUUUGAAGUCCAUAUAGUAACUGAACGGCUUUCGGGAAGCUACCUAGGUUAGAAGGGAAUAUUAGCGAAAGAUAAUCAGGCAUAAUAAACAAGCCGUCACAAGCCGUCAUGUCAAAAACUGAUCUGUGAUGAUAAAACUGAUAUUCAGAAUGGGAUUAGUGCCUCGUUUUUUAACCAAAAAUAAUAAUUAUGUAAAAGAUUAGCAUUUAAAAGUCAGUUUACAGGAAAAGGUUAAAUGCAGAAUAUUACAUUGUCCAGGUUUUAGGCCAAAUUUUGCCAUUUUUAUAAAUAUGUAGACAGUUUUUAAAGGUGAGAUUUGUAUUUUACAGCAUUUUUUAAAAUUUGCUACAUUUUUUUAUUCCAUUUUUAUACUUCUCAAUUGUUUAGAGUGUCAAAUAUUGAUGUGGAACCUAGUGUAUUCAUAUUCACCCAGACUAGAAGUGUUUAGCUAAUUUAGGUAUUAUUUCUAGUUUUUGUGCAUCAGAAACGAUGCAGUCUUUGGACGUUAAAUAUCUAUUUGUGUUUGACCUGUGAACACUGUCUUUCCAUUCUAAGGAUGAAAAACUACACUGUGUACAUAUUUGUUAAGAAUUUAUAAUGCUAAGCUGUUUUUAUACUGUUCGCCCUAUUUAAUCUUUGUCAUCUCUCAUUUUUCUACUUCUUAGAGAUAUACAAGUUGUGGAAUGUAAGACUGAACCUUGUCGUUGCUGUUAAAACUAGCAUGUGUAACAUAUAUCAGGAGUGUUUUGAUAACUGUAUGUUAGCAGUCAGCAUUAGCGUGAGUGUCUGAAUGUAAAUCAGGACUCUGCAUGUAAAUAAUCUGUAAAUAGUGAUUGUAUUAUAGUUUUUCUUGUGUUUAGGCACUUAAAUAUUUCUGCUGUGCACCGUUAGACACUUUUAUUUAUUGACUGGUAGCUUACACUGAGACUUUAAAGCUUUUUUUUUAUGUGAAAUGUAGAUUUUCUUGCUUGUUGUGUGAAAUAAAAGACUGAAGCUUGAUGUU